AUGACCGUGCAAAUACGAACACCAGCAGCGACGUUCAAGAGUCAGUGCAUGCGACGCAACGUGAGCAUAAGGUGUCUGGCAAGAAGCCAAAUAAAAAGCACAAGUGGACGAGACAACCGAUCGCCACACGUGCAGCGUCGAAGAAGUCCGCUCCUCGCGUCCGAGGCCGCUCGUAGCACCGACGUGGUGAACCACGUGUUCGAACCCGAUCCGAAGAAUUACCGCGAAGCGAUUAAAAGCACGCAGUGUUUGAACUGGAAGAAGGUGAUGGAGGAGGAGCUCGAGGCUAUCGAGGCCAACGACCUCGAACGUCGCAAAUCUCGCUUGGUUGCCUGUGGCAACGAGCAAUCGCUGAGCGUUUAUUUCUUUCUGACCUUCGCUGCGGUCAUGGUUAUGUCCACAGUGAAAGUGAUCCUGGCACUUGCUGCGACGUGGGAAGUUCCGGCUCAGCAAGGUGACAUACCCAAUGCGUAUUUCAAAGCGUCGAAGGAGCCGCACCUCGAGAUCUUACUGCACAUCCCGAACGGCAUGGACGUACCAGCGACGCGCAUGCGCGAGCUCGGCGUCACGAGCACGAAGGACUUAGCUCUAGAGCUACGCAAAAGUCUCGAUGGCCUCAAAUAG